AUGGCCUCCGAGCGAGAUAGAGAGCCCGGACCCCGGAGAGGAGCCUCUGGCAAUGUUCAAACCGAGAAAAGUCUCGUUAAGUCUGGCUCAGCAGCCGAUCUACUCAGCCUGGAGGAAGACAGAAGGAUUCUUCGAAAGAUCGAUAUUUGCCUGCUACCUCUCAUGUCUAUCUCGUACAUGUUACAGUUUCUAGAUAAACAGGCUCUCUCAUUCACAUCCAUUCUAGACCUUCCAGGCGACCUUCAUCUUAGAGGUGAUGAGUUUGCUUGGGCGAGCGGCAUCUACUACUUCGGUUACAUGGUUGCUGCAUGCCCGGCCGCUAUGUUGAUGAUCCGCUGGCAUGUGGGGAAGACAGUUGCUAUCUCAAUAUGUAUAUGGGGAGUGAUCUUGACAGUAACGGCCGCUUGUGACAGUGCUGCGGGACUCUUGGUUGAGCGAUUCUUUCUCGGCGCUGCUGAAUCAGCCAUUGCCCCAGGCCUAAGCGUCAUUGUUGCCAUGUGGUACAAGCGAUCUGAGCAGCCGCUGAGACAAGCCGCAUGGCUCGUUGGAAACAGUUUUGCUGGUAUAACCGGGGGUCUGAUCGCGUAUGGGCUUGGACAUAUUCAGAGCAUGGCACCUUGGAAAGUCAUAUUCUUACUGUUUGGUAGUUUAACGGUAGCUUUGUCUCUUGUUUUCAUCUUCCUUAUGCCUGAUACUCCUAUGCAGGCUUGGUUCAUGAACGACGAGGAUCGUCUGAAAGCUGUGACUCGCGUGAGGAUGAACAUGACCGGGAUAAAAAGCAGCGAGUUCAAGUGGAGGCAGUGCACCGAAGCGUUGCUAGAUGCUAAAACCUGGUUGUUUUGCGCCAUAACCUUUUUUGGCCAGGUGCCUAAUGGUGCCCUAACCACUUUCGGCACCAUAGUCGUCAAUGGUCUAGGAUUCAGUACCUUCAACUCACUUCUUCUUCAAGCAUCCUGCUACUUGGCUAUGCUGAUCGCCGUUCUUAUUUCCACCGGUGGCAGCUCAUAUUUCGCCAAUACUAGAACUUACUGGAUGGUGUGGAACCUGUGUCUCGCCACUAUCGGCACGGCUCUGAUACGUGAGCUUCCAGCUCAUCUAAUGUGGGGUCGAUUUGCCGGCAAAUUACUCAUGACGGCCGCUGCUGCCAACUUCCCUCUAACGAUGUGCUUGUCAUCGGGUAAUGUUGCGGGUUUUACUAAGAAGAUGACGGUGAACACAGCUAUUUUAAUCAGUUUUUGUGUUGGAAAUAUUGUCGGACCCCAGCUAUUCUUUGAAGACCAGGCGUCUACCUAUACCACUGGAUUCCUUGCUAUUAUGAUAUGCUACGCCGUGGGAAUCAUUCUAUGUGGGGCAGCUCGUUUUUACCUAGUGUGGGAGAACCGGCGUCGCGACGGAGUAUACCCACCGUUUCAUGGCAAUGAGGAAGUUGAUGGAGAUGUUGCUGGUAUGCUAGACAAAACAGACAAGGAAAUCCCUCAGUUUAGGUAUGUUUAUUAAGUUGAGUACUUAUUUGUGUAACGCCAGACAAGCUGGCGCUUUUUGGGGUCGUGUGAUACUUAUAGUCUCGCUUC